CGGCUCGCUUGGUUCCGGGGUGCGCGGCGCGGGUCCGCCAGGCUGUGGCUAGAAAGCCGCGGCGGGGCGCGAGCGCCGCAGGUGACCGGGGCUGGGAGCUGCGUGCGCGGGCGGCGGCUGAGGAGCUGGAGGCGGGCCCUCGCUCUCGGCCCAGGCGCUACGGGCUGAGGAGACUAGGCGAGCCGAGGCGGGCGAAGGGCUCUGGGCAUCCACUUGACAGCCGGCGGCGCUCGCGGCCCUCAGCAUGUUCCGCGAGGCGAGGGUUUUCCUCCCGCCUGUGGGCUGAGGCGGCGGCGGCGGCCCCCGAAACGAGAUGCACCUGACGGGCGCGGCUUAGAGGACGCGGCUGGCGGGAAGUCCCGGCAGCCAGCGGGAGGGCUUUCGUUGCCGGGCCGCCGCCGCCUCCCGUCGCCGCCGCGGGCCCGAGCGGGAGCGGCGGGUGGGCGCCCCGACAUGGCGGCCCGGAGCGCCCCGAGCUGCCACCUGCGGCUCGAGUGGGUGUACGGCUACCGGGGCCACCAGUGCCGCAACAACCUCUACUACACUGCGGCCAAAGAGAUCGUAUACUUCGUGGCGGGGGUCGGCGUGGUGUACAGCCCGCGGGAGCACAGGCAGAAGUUCUACCGGGGCCACAGCGACGACAUCAUCAGCCUUGCAUUGCACCCUGAACGAGUGUUGGUAGCAACAGGACAAGUUGGGAAAGAGCCUUAUAUUUGUAUUUGGGAUUCAUACACUGUGCAGACCAUAUCAGUUUUAAAGGAUGUUCAUACACAUGGUAUAGCUUGCUUGGCGUUUGACUUAGAUGGACAGCGCUUGGUUUCAGUUGGACUUGAUUCAAAGAAUGCAGUUUGUGUUUGGGACUGGAAAAGGGGAAAAAUGUUGUCUAUGGCUCCUGGUCAUACAGAUAGAAUAUUUGAUAUUUCUUGGGAUUUGUACCAGCCAAAUAAACUUGUCAGCUGUGGUGUAAAACAUAUCAAGUUCUGGAGUUUAUGUGGAAAUGCUCUGACCCCAAAACGAGGUGUCUUUGGUAAGACGGGUGACCUUCAGACAAUACUGUGCCUAGCCUGUGCAAGGGAUGAAUUAACAUAUUCUGGUGCACUCAAUGGGGAUAUAUAUGUUUGGAAAGGAAUCAAUCUUAUACGAACAAUACAAGGAGCCCAUGCUGCAGGAAUUUUUAGCAUGAAUGCUUGUGAAGAAGGCUUUGCUACUGGUGGCAGAGAUGGUUGUAUUCGUCUUUGGGAUUUAACUUUUAAACCAAUUACUGUGAUUGAUCUCAGGGAAACAGACCAGGGAUACAAAGGUUUGUCUGUAAGGAGUGUGUGUUGGCGAGGUGACCACAUUCUAGUUGGAACACAGGACAGUGAAAUUUUUGAAAUUGUGGUGCAAGAAAGAAAUAAACCUUUUCUAAUUAUGCAAGGGCAUUGUGAAGGUGAACUUUGGGCACUUGCUGUCCAUCCUACUAAACCUUUGGCUGUGACUGGAAGUGAUGAUCGUUCGGUCAGGAUAUGGAGCCUAGUAGAUCAUGCAUUAAUAGCAAGGUGUAAUAUGGAAGAACCAAUUCGUUGUGCAGCUGUCAAUGCAGAUGGAAUCCAUCUUGCCCUUGGAAUGAAGGAUGGCUCAUUCACUGUACUUAGAGUAAGAGAUAUGACGGAAGUUGUACAUAUUAAAGAUAGGAAGGAGGCAAUUCAUGAGUUAAAAUAUUCACCAGAUGGAACUUACCUUGCUGUUGGAUGCAAUGACAGCUCGGUUGAUAUUUAUGGAGUUGCUCAGCGUUAUAAAAAAGUUGGCGAGUGUUUGGGAUCCCUUAGUUUCAUCACUCAUCUGGACUGGUCUUCAGACAGUAGAUAUUUGCAGACAAAUGAUGGAAAUGGGAAAAGACUUUUUUAUAGAAUGCCAGGAGGAAAGGAAGUGACAAGUACAGAAGAAAUAAAAGGUGUUCAUUGGGCUUCAUGGACAUGUGUUUCAGGCCUUGAAGUAAAUGGAAUUUGGCCCAAGUAUUCAGAUAUCAACGAUAUAAAUUCAGUAGAUGGAAAUUACAUUGGCCAAGUUUUAGUUACAGCUGAUGACUAUGGAAUUAUAAAAUUAUUCCGAUAUCCAUGUUUAAGAAAAGGGGCCAAGUUUAGAAAAUAUAUUGGCCAUUCAGCUCACGUAACUAAUGUCAGAUGGUCACAUGAUUAUCAGUGGGUUAUUUCUAUUGGUGGAGCAGAUCACUCUGUCUUUCAGUGGAAAUUUAUUCCUGAAAGAAAACUGAAAGAUGCUGUUCACAUAGCACCCCAAGAAAGUCUGGCUGACUCUCAUAGUGAUGAAUCAGAUUCAGAUCUGUCUGAUGUUCCAGAACUGGAUUCUGAAAUUGAACAAGAGACACAGCUCACCUACCGUCGACAGGUUUACAAAGAAGAUCUACCUCAGCUUAAAGAACAAUGCAAAGAGAAACAAAAAAGUGCUACUUCUAAAAGAAGAGAGCGGGCUCCAGGAAAUAGUAUUCGAUUACACUUUGUUCACGGUUACAGAGGUUAUGACUGUCGAAGUAAUCUGUUUUAUACUCAAAUUGGUGAAAUUGUGUACCAUGUGGCAGCAGUGGGUGUCAUUUAUAAUCGACAGCAAAACACACAGCGUUUUUAUCUGGGUCAUGAUGAUGAUAUUCUCUGCCUAACUAUUCAUCCUUUGAAAGACUACGUGGCAACAGGCCAGGUUGGUAGAGAUCCCUCAAUUCAUAUAUGGGAUACAGAGACCAUUAAACCAUUGUCCAUAUUAAAGGGCCACCACCAAUAUGGUGUUAGUGCCGUUGAUUUCUCAGCGGAUGGGAAACGUUUGGCAUCAGUUGGCAUAGAUGAUAGCCAUACUGUUGUGCUGUGGGACUGGAAGAAAGGAGAGAAACUUUCAAUAGCAAGAGGAAGUAAAGAUAAGAUUUUUGUUGUAAAGAUGAACCCCUAUGUGCCUGAUAAACUAAUUACAGCUGGAAUUAAACACAUGAAAUUUUGGCGUAAAGCAGGGGGAGGAUUGAUUGGAAGAAAAGGCUACAUAGGCACAAUGGGGAAAAAUGACACAAUGAUGUGUGCAGUGUAUGGAUGGACUGAAGAGAUGGCUUUUUCUGGAACAUCCACAGGAGAUGUGUGUAUCUGGAGAGACAUCUUUCUUGUAAAAACAGUGAAAGCGCAUGAUGGGCCAGUGUUCAGUAUGCAUGCAUUGGAAAAAGGGUUUGUAACUGGAGGAAAAGAUGGUAUAGUAGCUCUUUGGGAUGACUCUUUUGAAAGAUGUCUCAAGACCUAUGCUAUAAAAAGAGCUGCAUUGGCCCCGGGAUCUAAAGGUCUUCUCUUGGAAGAUAAUCCAUCUAUACGUGCCAUAUCAUUAGGACAUGGUCAUAUUUUAGUUGGCACAAAGAAUGGUGAAAUACUAGAAGUGGAUAAAAGUGGCCCAAUAACACUUCUGGUUCAGGGACACAUGGAAGGAGAGGUGUGGGGUUUAGCUACACACCCUUAUCUGCCCAUCUGUGCUACUGUAAGCGAUGAUAAAACCUUAAGAAUAUGGGAUCUCUCACCUAGUCAUUGUAUGUUGGCUGUCCGGAAGCUGAAAAAGGGUGGGAGGUGUUGCUGUUUUUCUCCUGAUGGUAAAGCUUUAGCCGUAGGUCUCAAUGAUGGAAGCUUCUUAAUGGCAAAUGCGGAUACUCUAGAGGAUCUUGUGUCUUUUCAUCACAGAAAAGAUGUGAUUUCAGAUAUUCGAUUUUCACCUGGUUCUGGGAAAUAUCUUGCUGUAGCAUCCCAUGACAGCUUUAUAGAUAUAUACAAUGUAAUGAGUAGUAAACGAGUAGGAAUAUGCAAAGGAGCUACCAGUUACAUAACCCAUAUUGAUUGGGAUAUUAGAGGAAAGCUUUUACAGGUCAACACUGGUGCUAAGGAACAAUUAUUCUUUGAAGCUCCCAGAGGGAAAAAACAAACCAUCCCCAGCGUGGAGGUAGAAAAAAUUGCUUGGGCAUCAUGGACAAGUGUACUUGGUUUAUGCUGUGAAGGAAUUUGGCCAGUAAUUGGAGAAGUUACAGAUGUAACUGCUUCUUGCCUCACCAGUGACAAAAUGGUUCUAGCUACCGGGGAUGAUUUGGGAUUUGUGAAGUUAUUUAGAUAUCCUACUAAAGGGAAAUUUGGAAAGUUUAAGAGGUAUGUGGCCCAUAGUACACAUGUCACAAAUGUUCGCUGGACUUAUGAUGACAGCAUGUUGGUUACCCUAGGCGGUACAGAUAUGUCUUUAAUGGUGUGGACAAAUGAGAUGGAAGGCUAUCGAGAAAAAAGGCCUUGUGAUAGUGAAGAAUCCGACAUUGAUUCUGAAGAAGACGGGGGCUAUGACAGUGAUGUUACAAGGGAGAAUGAAAUCAGUUACACCAUCAGAGCCUUAUCAACAAAUAUUCGCCCAAUGUUAGGAAUCAAGCCUCAUUUACAACAAAAAGAACCCUCAAUUGAUGAAAGGCCUCCAGUGAGCAGGGCCCCACCACAGCCAGAGAAACUCCAGACAAACAAUGUAGGCAAGAAAAAGAGACCUAUAGAGGACCUUGUGUUGGAGCUCAUUUUUGGUUAUCGAGGCAGAGACUGUAGGAAUAAUGUUCACUAUUUAAAUGAUGGUGAUGAUAUAAUUUAUCACACUGCAUCUGUUGGAAUUCUGCACAAUGUUGCUACAGGUUCUCAGAGUUUUUAUCAGGAACAUAAUGAUGAUAUUCUGUGCCUCACAGUAAACCAGCACCCCAAAUUUAUCAACAUAGUGGCAACUGGCCAAGUAGGUGAUUCAGCAGACAUGUCAGCUACAGCUCCUUCUAUUCACAUCUGGGAUGCAAUGAACAAGCAGACUUUAUCUAUCCUAAGAUGCUACCAUUCAAAGGGAGUAUGUUCAGUCAGCUUCAGUGCUACUGGCAAACUAUUGCUGUCUGUGGGACUAGACCCAGAACAUACUAUUACCAUUUGGAGAUGGCAGGAAGGUGCCAAAAUUGCCAGCAGAGCUGGUCACAAUCAACGUAUUUUUGUGGCAGAAUUCCGACCAGAUUCAGAUACCCAGUUUGUCUCAGUGGGAGUAAAACAUGUGAAGUUCUGGACCCUGGCAGGAAGAGCUCUUCUUAGCAAAAAAGGGCUACUGAGCACACUGGAAGAUGCCCGGAUGCAGACCAUGCUCGCUAUUGCAUUUGGUGCAAAUAACUUGACGUUUACAGGUACCAUCAGUGGUGAUGUCUGUGUGUGGAAAGAUCACAUAUUGUGUAGAAUCGUGGCGAGAGCUCACAACGGGCCUGUGUUUGCCAUGUACACCACCCUGCGAGAUGGACUUAUCGUGACUGGGGGAAAGGAAAGGCCGUCAAAAGAAGGAGGAGCGGUUAAACUGUGGGAUCAGGAACUGAGGCGGUGCCGUGCCUUCAGGCUUGAGACAGGACAAGCCACAGAUUGUGUUCGUUCUGUGUGCAGAGGCAAAGGCAAGAUCCUUGUUGGGACAAGGAAUGCUGAAAUAAUCGAAGUUGGAGAGAAAAAUGCAGCUUGUAAUAUUUUAGUUAACGGUCAUGUGGAUGGGCCAAUCUGGGGACUAGCUACACAUCCUUCCAGGGAUUUUUUCCUUUCUGCUGCAGAAGAUGGGACAGUGAGACUUUGGGAUAUUGCUGAUAAAAAGAUGUUAAACAAAGUGAAUUUGGGGCAUGCUGCUCGUACUGUGUGUUAUAGCCCUGAAGGGGACAUGGUGGCUAUUGGAAUGAAAAAUGGAGAAUUUAUCAUUUUACUAGUGAGUUCUCUAAAAAUAUGGGGAAAGAAGAGAGACAGGAGAUGUGCAAUCCAUGAUAUCAGAUUUAGUCCGGAUUCCCGGUACCUGGCAGUAGGUUCUAGUGAGAACUCAGUGGAUUUUUAUGACCUAACGUUGGGCCCCACUCUUAACAGAAUCAGCUACUGCAAAGACAUUCCAAGCUUUGUCAUUCAAAUGGACUUCUCUGCAGAUAGCAGUUAUCUCCAGGUCUCUAGUGGCUGCUAUAAACGGCAUGUCUAUGAAGUGCCUUCAGGAAAACAUCUUAUGGAUCAUGCCGCUAUUGACAGAAUUACUUGGGCUACAUGGACUAGUAUUCUAGGAGAUGAGGUUUUGGGAAUCUGGUCCAGACAUGCUGAGAAAGCUGAUGUCAACUGUGCCUGUGUAUCUCAUUCAGGAAUCAGUCUUGUUACAGGAGAUGACUUUGGCAUGGUUAAGUUAUUUGACUUCCCAUGUCCAGAAAAAUUUGCAAAACACAAAAGGUUCUUGGGUCAUUCGCCCCAUGUGACAAAUAUUCGAUUUACCAGUGGUGAUCGACAUGUUGUUAGUGCUGGAGGUGAUGACUGCAGCUUAUUUGUCUGGAAAUGUGUACAUACACCUCACUGAGAGAUGCUGAGAUGACUACAGAAAUUAACUUUGAGACCAGAAUUACAGAGAAGAAAAACCAAAACCCAACCCUGCAUGGUCAAGUGGUGCUAACCCAAGACUGUAACAGGGAGAAAUGCCCAGAAUCAUCAAAAUAGUGAAAGACUGAUCUGUUCAAAGUAUUUGCUAUAUGCACUGGGUAUAAUCCGUAAUCCAUACACUGCCAGAUAAUGCCAUUUCAAGGAAGGAUUGAAUACUUGAUGGUAAAGGCCAAGUUCCCCUGUAUUGGGA